UUUGCAAGCGAGAAUGGCGGAAAUAAAGUUUUCUGCUCGCGCGUAUUGUAAAAUGAUUCUUCAUGCAGCAAAAUAUCCGCAUUGUGCUAUAAAUGGUCUCUUGUUAGCAGAAGAUUCAAAGUCGAAGGAUGCGAAGUCCAAAGGAUUGGUGAUUACCGAUGCAGUUCCAUUAUUUCACAUAUGUUUACAAGUGUUCCCAAUGACGGAGGUAGCACUGACGCAGGUAGAUUUUUGGGCAUCAAAAGCUGGACUAGUUAUAGCUGGUUACUAUAUGGCAAAUGAGAACAUUAGAGAUAUGAGUCAUGAGCGAGGACAGCGAGUCGCAGACAAAAUUGCCGAGAAUUUCAGCUCAGCUUGUCUUGUUGUUAUAAACAAUCAGAAACUGAGUGUGACGAUGGACAAUGUAGCACUGUGUGUGUUACAGAAUGCUGAUGGAAAGUGGAAACCAAAGGAUAGAUCAAGUUUUUCUGUGGAGGCGAAUUCGCUGGACUCUGCAGCUGUUUUAGUGCAGCAGCGAGCUUAUGAAGAACUGGUGGACUUCGACAAUCAUCUAGAUGACAUCUCACUGGACUGGACAAAUGCUCAAUUAAAUGAUAUAAUAGAUAAUGCAGUUCAGGUGGUAGGUUAAGAGAUUGUAUAUAUGUAUAUAUUUUUAAAAGAGUCCCUGAGGUGAUAACCAAAUUAUAUAUCAUCUCAGGCUCAUACCUCUGCAUUUGUUGAUGAGGAACAGAAAAUUUAUAUUAUUUAUAUAACUGCUGGACAGUUUUGUUGUUCUCAGACACAAGGAUUGUGGAUGAAGCACAUCUUGAAUAUAUCUGUGGCAAUAUUCUCCAUGUGACAAGCACCUAAAAUGUGAUGACCUUCUUCACAUCAGCAAGCAUUCCAAGACUGGAAGUCAUUCUCCUUUUUAAAGUGUUUAGUGGUGUCAGUGACAGUAAAUUAAAUUUUCUACUGACAGUAGGGCAUUCUUGUUGUUUAUCACUGACAUUAAAUUGCAAAAAGCACCAUUUGCAAAAGAUAUGUGCAUAUUCAAUGUUGAGUUUGCUGUUAGACCAUAUGACAUGUUGUAAUAUUUGGUAGUUUUCAUUAGUAUGUGCAACAGUGAAUAGCUCCACUUCUUGUACCUUGUAAUUUACACACAGUUUGCCUGAGCCAAAAAUUGUGUGUCACUCAGAUUUUGUGUGUGUUGUUAUGAUUUAAUUAUUGUGUAUGGUUUGUUGGAUUGUAUAUAUAACUUUAAAUUGACAGGAUAGAAUUUGAAAUUAAACUUGUAAGUUGUUGAAAUUUA